AUGCAGGUGGAGACCGCCGGCGAGGCGGUGAACCUGGUGAAGGGCGGGAGCGGUCCUCCGUUGCUGCUGCUGCACGGCUACCCGCAGACGCACACCAUGUGGCACAAGAUCGCGCCGCGUCUUGCCGAAGACUUCACCGUGGUCGCGGCGGACCUGCGCGGCUACGGGGACAGCGGCAAGCCCCAGGGCAGCCCCGACCACUUCAACCACUCGAAGCGGGCGCAGGCCCAGGACCUGGUGGACGCCAUGACGCACCUCGGGUUCGAUACGUUCUUCCUGGGAAGCCACGACCGGGGCGCGCGCGUCGGCCACCGGUUGACCAAGGAUCAUUCCGAGCGCGUGUUGCGGCUGGCAACCCUCGAUAUCGUGCCCACGCGCCACAUGUUCAGCAUCGUCAACAAGGAAAUGGCGACCAAUACCUACCACUGGUUCUUCCUGAUCCAGCCUUACGACUUCCCGGAGCGGGUCAUCGGCGCCGAUCCCGACUACUACAUCCGCUCCAGGUUCAUGCGCGAGCGCAACGCGGAGACGGUGUUCGCGCCGGAGGCUGUGGACGAAUACGUGCGCUGCUUCAGUAACCCCGAAGCCAUCCACGGGGCGUGCGAGGACUACCGCGCCGGCGCGAGCAUCGACCUGGAGCACGACGAGGCCGACUUCGACAACAAGGUCAACUGCCCCCACCUGGCGCUGUGGAGCGACCGGGGUUACGUGGGCCGCACCCAGGACGUUCUCGCAGUGUGGCGGAACUAUUCCAAUAACGUGGAAGGGCAGUCGCUGCCCUCCGGCCAUUACAUUGCUGAGGAGUUGCCGGACGACGCAUAUCGGCUGCUCCACGAAUUCUUCACGCGGUAG